CCGGCGGAAGUCCCGUCCGCCUAGGCGGAAGUCCCGCCCUCGCCGCCCACCCUGGCGGAAGUCCGGGCCGCUGUUCCUCGUGGCUAGUCGCAGGCAUGGCGCAUUACAACUUCAAGAAGAUUACGGUGGUGCCGUCCGCCAAGGACUUUAUUGACCUGACAUUGUCGAAGACUCAACGAAAGACUCCAACGGUUAUUCAUAAACAUUACCAGAUCCAUCGCAUCAGACAUUUUUACAUGAGGAAAGUCAAGUUUACUCAGCAGAAUUACCAUGACAGACUCUCGCAGAUUCUGAUGGAUUUCCCCAAAUUGGAUGAUAUUCAUCCAUUUUAUGCUGAUCUGAUGAACAUUCUAUAUGACAAGGAUCAUUACAAAUUGGCUCUAGGACAGAUAAACAUUGCCAAAAAUUUAGUGGACAAUGUUGCUAAAGAUUAUGUGCGGCUCAUGAAGUACGGUGAUUCUCUGUACCGCUGCAAGCAGCUGAAGCGUGCUGCCCUCGGGCGAAUGUGCACUAUUAUCAAAAGACAGAAGCAGAGUUUGGAGUAUUUGGAACAAGUGCGUCAGCAUCUGUCCCGACUGCCAACUAUCGACCCGAACACCAGGACCCUGCUUCUGUGUGGGCACCCGAACGUCGGCAAGUCCAGCUUCAUCAACAAGGUGACGCGAGCGGACGUGGACGUGCAGCCCUACGCCUUCACCACCAAGUCCCUGUUUGUCGGGCACAUGGAUUACAAGUACCUGCGCUGGCAGGUGGUGGACACCCCCGGCAUCCUGGACCACCCGCUGGAGGACCGGAACACCAUCGAGAUGCAGGCCAUCACGGCCCUGGCGCACCUGCGGGCCGCCGUCCUCUACGUGAUGGACCUGUCGGAGCAGUGCGGGCACGGCCUGGGGGAGCAGCUGGCGCUCUUCCAGAGCAUCAGGCCCCUCUUCGUCAACAAGCCUCUCAUCGUGGUAGCGAACAAAUGCGACGUGAGGCGAAUCGCCGAGCUUUCGGAGGACGACCAGAAAAUAUUUGUAGACCUGCAGGCCGCGGGGUUUCCUGUGGUGGAGACCAGCACCCUGACGGAGGAAGGGGUCAUGCAGGUGAAAACUGAGGCUUGUGACCGGCUUUUGGCUCAUCGUGUUGAAACCAAGAUGAAAGGAAAUAAAGUGAACGAGGUGCUGAACAGACUGCACCUGGCGGUUCCCAGCAGAAGAGAUGACAAGGAGCGGCCCCCGUUCAUUCCAGAAGGAGUGGUGGCGCGAAGAAGGAGAAUGGAGCUCGGGGAGCAGAAGAGGAAGCGGGAACGGGACGUGGAGCUGGAGAUGGGAGAUGAUUACGUCUUGGACCUUCAGAAGUACUGGGACAUAAUGAACUCAUCGGAAAAACACGAUAAGAUUCCUGAGAUCUGGGAAGGCCACAACAUAGCCGACUACGUCGACCCCGACAUCAUGCAGAAACUGGAAGAGUUGGAGAAAGAAGAGGAGUUACGAGCCGCUGCUGGGGAGUAUGACAGCGAGUCUGACAGUGAGGACGAGGAAAUGGCGGAGAUCCGCCAGCUGGCGAAGCAGAUCAGGGAAAAAAAGAAGUUGAAGAUUCUCCAGUCCAGAGAGAAGGAUGCCGGGGGCCCCAGGAUGCCCCGCACGGCCAAGAAGGUGCAGCGGAAGGUAUUGGAGGACGAGAUGCGCGCGCUCGGCGUGGACAUGGACCACAAGGACGACGCGCAUUAUGCAGUCCAGGCCAGACGGUCUCGCAGUGUCACUAGGAAGAGAAAGCGGGAAGACUCUGUCCCGCCCCCCGCUGCGGCCCGGAGCCGCAGCUGCUCUCGGACUCCCCGAGACGUCUCUGGGCUCCGGGAUGUCAAGAUGGUGAAGAAAGCCAAGAGCAUGAUGAAGAAGGCGCAGAAGACGAUGAACCGCUCGGGGCGGAGGGGGGAGGCGGACAGACACGUGUUUGACACAAAGCCCAAGCACUUGCUCUCGGGCAAGAGGAAAGCAGGCAAGAAGGACAGGAGGUAGUGGGCCCGCAGCUGGAGCGCUGUGGCGAAACCGCUUCCUGGUUUGGAUUUGAAAAACUGGAGUCCGGGUCUGUAAACCGAGUGUAACAGUGAAACAGCCAAAGCACGCGUCGCCUUGCGGAAGGCUGUGCUCACCCCCCGGCUGCACAGGCGUUGGGGGGGGGUUUGUCACUGCGUGAUGCGGCGGGUCCUUUGAGUAGGCGGUGGCUUCUCAUUGGGGGGGGUGCUGGUUGCUUCAGAAGCACAGGGCUGGGAGGGGAGUGGGUGUGGCGUGUCUCCGACGGAGAAGGGUCUUCCUCUGGAGGAGCGGACGUGGGUUCACGGCUUGUGAGUCCUUUUUUGCAGAGAAAACCUCUGUGCCUGUGGGUGUGGGCAAAAGGCUUCCAGCCAGGCCUGCAGACACAAGAGCUGGGGGCGCUUCUGCGUCAGAGGGCAGCACGGAGUCGUUCUCUGGUCUUGUGCGAUGCUCCCGUGUAGUCUGUCAGCAGCUAUUUUUCCCCAAAUAAACUUCCAGAAGAAAGCCA